AUGUCUUCAGCAAAAGUCGCCAUUCUGAUCCCGGAUGCUCCUGCUCCAAACUCUCUCAUGUCCCAGUCAAUAAUUUGCAAUGGCAUGAUUUAUUGUUCUGGUAGUCUUGGCCUUGACCCAAAGACGGGAACUUUUGUUCCUGGCGAUGCUUCCGAUAGAACCGUUCAAGCUCUUCAAAACCUUGAGGCAAUUCUCAAGGCCGCUGGUAGUGAUCUGAACAAAGCCGUGAAAAUCAACAUCUUCGUCUCCAGCAUGGAUCACUACGCGAAAGUGAAUGAAGGAUACGCGAAAGUUUUCACAGAUGAUAUCAAGAUUAAGCCUUGCCGUACUUGCGUUGCUGUUGCAAAACUUCCGUUAGAUGCAGAGGUCGAAAUUGACCUUUUUGCAGCGGCCUGA